GCGGCCGCCUCCUCCCCCCGGCCCCCCGCCCGGCCCCGCCCCCCCCGCCCGCGCCCUGCGCUCCGGAGUCGCGAGCGGCGCAGCCCGGGCUCCGCGGCGCCGAGCCGGCCGGCCGGGGGAGGCCAUGGACUGAGCGGCACCAUGGGCGCCAAGGAGUCCCGCAUCGGCUUCCUCAGCUACGAUGAGGCGCUGCGAAGGGUUACAGACAUAGAGCUAAAGCGACUGAAAGAUGCUUUCAAGAGAACUUGUGGACUCUCGUAUUAUAUGACCCAACAGUGCUUCAUCAGAGAAGUUCUUGGUGAUGGAGUUCCUCCAAAAGUUGCUGAGGUUAUCUACUGUUCAUUUGGAGGAAUAUCCAAAGGGCUGCACUUCAAUAACUUGAUAGUGGGAUUAGUUCUACUUACAAGAGGCAGAGAGGAAGAGAAAGCAAAAUACAUUUUCAGUCUUUUUUCUAAUGAAUCUGGGAGUUAUGUUGUCCGUGAAGAGAUGGAGAAGAUGCUGCAUGUGGUUGAUGGGAAAGUCCCAGAAUCGCUCAAGAAAUGUUUUUCUGAGGGUGAAAAGGUAAACUAUGAGAAGUUCAGGAUUUGGCUAUUACACAACAAAGAUGCUUUCACAUUUUCUCGUUGGCUGUUGUCUGGAGGUGUGUAUGUGACACUCACUGAUGAUAGCGAUACCCCUACCUUCUAUCAAACCCUCGCUGGAGUCACACACUUGGAAGAAUCCGACAUCAUUGAUCUUGAAAAACGAUAUUGGCUGCUAAAAGCUCAAUCAAGAACUGGACGUUUUGAUUUAGAAACAUUUGCCCCCUUAGUUUCCCCUCCUAUUCAUCCAUCUCUGAGUGAAGGUUUGUUUAAUGCCUUUGAUGAAAAUCGGGACAAUCAUAUAGAUUUUAAAGAAAUUUCGUGUGGGCUCUCAGCAUGUUGCAGGGGACCCUUGGCAGAAAGACAAAAAUUUUGCUUCAAGGUUUUUGACAUUGACCGGGAUGGUGUGUUGUCUCGCACUGAACUUAAAGAAAUGGUGGUUGCCCUUUUAGAAGUCUGGAAAGAUAACCGUACUGAUAAAAUACCUGAAUUGGACAUGGAUUUAUCUGAAAUUGUAGAAGAUAUUUUGAAUAUGCAUGAUACCACAAAGAUUGGACAUCUAACUCUGGAAGACUACCAGAUAUGGAGUGUGAAGAGUGCUCUUGCCAAUGAGUUUUUAAAUCUACUUUUUCAGGUGUGUCAUAUAGUUUUGGGGCUACGGCCUGCCACUCCAGAAGAGGAAGGACAGAUUAUUAGAGGCUGGUUAGAAAGGGAAAGCAGAUACGGCCUUCAGCCAGGGCACAACUGGUUUCUUAUUGCAAUGCCAUGGUGGCACCAGUGGAAGGAAUAUGUCAAAUAUGAUGCAAACCCUGUUGUGAUAGAGCCUUCAUCUGUCUUGAGUGGAGGUAAGAAUUCACUCGUAGCUGCUGCAGCCAGUACUUCAGAACAGGGAGAAGACAAAAUGGGAGGUCUUAAUUACUGCAGUGCCACAGAAGAAAAGUUUUCAGAUAAUAUUUCUACUGCAUCAGAAGCCUCAGAGACUACUAGCAGCAAUAUUCUUUACUCUGGCACACCAGGGACUGAUACAUGUUUUGCCAGGCAGCAUAAUACUUCGGACAAUAAUAACCAGUGUUUGCUUGGAAACAAUGGGAAUAGUUUGCUACAGAUUAAUCCUCAGAAACCAGGAGCUAUUGAUAAUCAACCCCUGGUAACACAAGAACCAGUGAAGGCUGCAUCAUUAACAAUGGAGGGUGGAAGAUUAAAACGGUCUCCACAGUUGAUUGAAGGAAAGGACUACAUAAUGGUACCAGAACCAGUCUGGAGAGCACUUUACCAUUGGUAUGGAGCAAAUCUGUCCUUGCCUAGGCCGGUGAUCAAAAACAGCAAAACAAAUGUGCCUGAACUAGAGUUAUUUCCUCGCUAUCUGCUCUUUCUGAGACAGCAGCCUGCCACUCGAACGCAACAGUCAAACAUCUGGGUGAAUAUGGGUAUGAUGAGCCUGAGAAUGUUUCCUCAACAUUUACCUAGAGGGAAUGUACCUUCACCUAAUGCUCCUUUAAAAAGAGUGUUGGCUUAUACUGGCUGCUUUAGUCGGAUGCAAACUAUUAAAGAGAUACACGAAUAUCUCUCUCAGAGGCUACGUAUAAAAGAAGAGGAUAUGCGCCUCUGGUUAUACAACAGUGAGAACUAUCUUACUUUGCUGGAUGAUGAAGAUCAUAGAUUGGAGUAUCUUAAAAUCCAGGAUGAGCAGCAUUUGGUAAUAGAAGUUCGAAACAAAGACAUGAGCUGGCCAGAGGAGAUGUCUUUUAUAGCGAACAGCAGUAAAAUAGACAGACAUAAAGUUCCUACUGAAAAGGGUGCUACUGGUUUAAGCAAUCUGGGUAACACAUGUUUCAUGAACUCCAGUAUCCAGUGUGUCAGUAAUACACAACCUCUAACACGAUAUUUCAUCUCAGGAAGACAUCUUUAUGAACUUAACAGGACAAAUCCAAUAGGAAUGAAAGGACACAUGGCCAAAUGCUAUGGGGAUUUGGUUCAGGAGUUGUGGAGUGGAACUCAGAAGAAUGUAGCGCCAUUAAAGCUGCGGUGGACAAUAGCAAAAUAUGCUCCAAGAUUUAAUGGUUUUCAACAACAAGAUUCACAGGAGCUCCUGGCAUUUCUUCUGGAUGGCCUUCAUGAGGAUUUGAACAGAGUCCAUGAUAAGCCAUAUGUUGAACUGAAGGAUAGCGAUGGUCGACCAGACUGGGAAGUAGCAGCAGAGGCCUGGGAAAACCAUCUGAGAAGAAACAGAUCCAUUGUCGUAGAUUUAUUUCAUGGGCAGCUUAAGUCACAAGUAAAAUGUAAAACUUGUGGACAUAUAAGUGUUAGAUUUGACCCUUUUAAUUUUUUAUCCUUGCCUUUACCAAUGGAUAGCUACAUGCACCUAGAAAUAACAGUAAUUAAAUUAGAUGGUACUACUCCUGUUCGAUAUGGCCUGAGAUUGAACAUGGAUGAAAAGUAUACAGGUUUGAAAAAACAGUUAAGUGAACUCUGUGGGCUAAAACCAGAACAGAUUCUACUUGCAGAAGUGCAUAGCUCCAAUAUAAAGAACUUUCCUCAAGACAACCAGAAAGUCCGGUUAUCUGUGAGUGGGUUUUUGUGUGCAUUUGAAAUACCAGUUCCAGGAUCCCCUACAUCAGCAUCAAGUCCUGUGCAGACAGAUCUCUCAACUGGCUCAUCAGCUAAUGGAGCACUCAACAUAAUGAUGAAUGGGGACCUUCCCAAACCAACCCUAAUUCCAAAUGGAAUGCCAAACACUGUAGUGCCAUGUGGAACAGAACGUAAUAACCUUGCCAACUGGACUCUCAAUGGUCAUGUGCCCUUGCUUUCUGAUAGUCCAUGUACAGGGUAUAUAAUUGCAGUCCACAGAAAAAUGAUGCGGACAGAGUUAUAUUUUCUGUCGUCUCAGAAGAAUCGUCCUAGCCUCUUUGGAAUGCCACUGAUUGUCCCUUGUACUGUUCAUACACGGAAAAAAGACCUGUAUGAUGCAGUGUGGAUUCAGGUUUCAAGGCUUGCUAGCCCUCUGCCUCCUCAGGAAGCUAGUAAUCAUGCACAAGACUGUGAUGAUAGCAUGGGCUAUCAGUAUCCGUUCACCCUGAGGGUAGUUCAGAAGGAUGGAAACUCCUGCGCUUGGUGUCCAUGGUACAGAUUUUGUCGUGGCUGUAAAAUUGAGUGCACAGAAGAUAGAGCUUGUGUUGGGAAUGCUUACAUUGCUGUAGACUGGGAUCCAACAGCACUCCACCUACGCUACCAGACAUCACAGGAGCGGAUUGUAGAAGAACAUGAAAGUGUUGAACAAAGCCGACGAGCUCAGGCAGAGCCCAUCAAUCUGGACAGCUGUCUUAGAGCCUUCACCAGUGAGGAGGAAUUGGGAGAGGAUGAGAUGUACUACUGUUCCAAAUGCAAGACCCAUUGUUUGGCCACCAAAAAACUGGAUCUUUGGAGGCUUCCCCCUAUUUUGAUCAUUCACCUGAAAAGAUUUCAGUUUGUAAAUGGCCGCUGGAUAAAAUCUCAGAAAAUCGUUAAAUUUCCCCGAGAAAAUUUUGACCCAAGUGCCUUUUUGGUACAAAGGGAUCCAAGUCAUUUUCAAAGAAAACAGCUAACUCCCCAUGUUGAUGACCUUCCUGAUGCACGGACUCUUCAAGGGGAGUCUAGAAAAAUAGAUCUGCAGAUCACUUACACAGCAGGCGAAGGGGAUGUGCUGAACAGAAGUCCAUCUUCCCUUAACACUACUAAUGUCUUGAAUAAUAUCAAAGCAUCUCCAUCUUUGGGAAGGAAAAGUGCAACCAACUGUCCUUCAAGUAAAAACAGUAGCCCAAAUAGUAGCCCAAGGACUUUAGGAAGAGGUAAAGGGCGCCUGCGGCUACCACAGCUAGGUAAAAACAAACUGUCAAAUAGCAAAGAAAAUCUGGAUGCAAGUAAAGAGAAUGGUACCGACCAGGAACAGAAAUAUACUUCUGAACAAGGUGAUGCUCUUACUAGAGGGCGGAUUUUGGGUGGUAGCCAGAGUGAACUAUACACUGCUCAGGACACUGAGAUGACUUUAGCCAACGGAUACAUUUGUGAGCAGAAUGCAUAUAGUAAUGGAAGUAUCAAUGGUCAAAUUGAUAACCACAGCGAGGAGGAUAUUACAGAUGACCAAAGAGAAGAAGUUUGUGUUAACCCUAUUUACAAUCUAUAUGCAAUUUCGUGCCAUUCAGGAAUUAUGGGAGGGGGUCAUUAUGUUACUUAUGCCAAAAACCCAAACAACAAGUGGUACUGCUACAAUGACAGUAGCUGUAAGGAAUUGCAUCCUGACGAGAUCGACACCGACUCUGCCUACAUUCUUUUCUACGAGCAGCAGGGGGUAGACUAUGCACAAUUUCUGCCAAAGAUAGAUGGCAAAAAGAUGGCAGACACAAGCAGCAUGGAUGAAGAUUUUGAGUCAGAUUAUAAGAAGUACUGUGUUUUACAGUGAGCAGGUGAUCUUCCAUGGACUGUUUGGAGAGUGUGAGGGAUAACACGUUGAAACUUACAUUUGGCGAAAUGUUAUUGAAACAGAUAAGCUAAGUGUAGUUAUUGUACCUGGGAUAUGAAAGCACAAAAAGAAAACCCUAAUUAAAUAGCAGUUAAUAUAAAGAUAGUAUUGUUUUGUUCUGUUAUCUCACUACAUGCUCUAAACAUUUCUGAUGUUAGACAUCAGGCUGAAACUGCCACUGGCCUUUAAAUAAAAUGGUUUGAGAAAAGCCAACUAGGACCAAAUAAGAGCUAAAUUAAAUAGUCCAAAUAAGAGCUAAACAAAGUAGUGUAGAGUUUACCAAUUAUCCUAACAAAAUCCUAAGGCUGUCCUUAGAUUUAAGAUAAUGGGGAAAAAAAUUGUAGUGUUGUCUUUGGACAACAUGAUAUUGCUACCUCCUUUUUCCUGCAGUUUUAUUGCAUUUUAUUGGCAAAACAAGGAAAGCAAGAGAAUGAAAAGCGCAUGAAUUUGAAGGCUGAACAUCGAGAGUUGGAAAUGUUUCCAGUUUUGCCAUCACUAAUGUGUGUCAAUUGCUUUCUUUCUGUAUGUUGGGAGCACAACCAAAUCAUAAUUUGAGAAGAGAUUAAUUUCUACACUUGAAUGAUUUUAUUAUAAUUGUGUUUUCUCCACAUGGUGGCUGUGCAAAUCAACAUAUUUCAGGAAUGGCUUUUCAGCCUGAAGAGUGCUAUCUUAGACUUUUGAGAUGCCUCAAAAAAGAAACUUCAGGUUGAAGAGAGUAGUUGUGGUUAUACGCGUGGUGUCUUAAAAUGUGCACAUUGCACAAAGUGUUCCCAGCUUUUGGAAGGAAAGAUGCUUGAGGUUAUGUUUCAUGACUGGUGUUGCUUUUAAAUUUGCACUUUUAAAAAUUCUUAUAAUUAAAUUCAAAAACAUAGUUUGUUUUUGUUGUUGUAAGGGCUCUGGAGUGAAUGGCUGUGAAUUAUCCACUGUGUAUUUCAAACAGAUAAGAAGCUGUGGCUGUCAGGUAGCUAUCGUAGCAUUCAUGGAUGGUUUUUUUUAAUCGAUUUCAUAAUUUAAUAGGGCUUUUUUUCUUCAAAAUUUGGUUUGCCUUCUUCAAAUUCUUUCUUGCAACAGGUUAUGCAUAUACUUGCAAUUAAAACAGAAUUGCUUUCCAUGUCCUUGCAAGAUGCUCUUUUAAGUCAGCAGGCUUAUUGUAUGAAGGAAAGCAUGACAGAGUCUUCGCAGAGACUGAGAAAAAAAGAUGAUUAUUUUUGAGUAGGCAUUUCUUUAAACAUUUUCAGUGUUAAAUUUUUUGCAUAUCUGAAUGAAGAUAAAUGGUUCGCUCUUUCAGCCUUUUGUUCCUCAGCUGAGUCUUAGAAGCUUACUAAUUUUAUCAAACCAUCUUCCAAAUUCUUUAGAUUUUGUAUCUUCACUAACAAAACUUAUAACUUACACUGUUGAUCUCUGAGGUUUAUAUUUGGCUUCCUUUUAAUGUGCUUUACAGCAAUGCCAAGCCUACCGGUAAGUGUAUAAUUUCCAGAAAGAUCUGAGUUUUAUCCAUUUAAGAAAUUAUCAGCUGGUCUUGCUGUCUUUAGUCAGGCAAAAACCUUGUUGUCUUUUUCGGAGGUGGUGCCUCUGUAAGGACAGCAGAGCAGUUCCAAAAUAAGUAUUGUCUUAUCUGUAAAGUGUUGCUCCUUAUCCUAUACGUUCUUUUAUCUUUCAAGUGGUCUAAACAUUGAGUCUGAAGAAAAGCAAACAUGAGUUGUAAAUUUCUAGGUUAGAAGCUUUUUCAGUACCCAUUUCUCUAUUCCUCCCUACGCAAACUCCAUGAAAAGUGAAAGAUUUUCAAAUUAUUUACUUUAAAAUGUUUUAUUUAAGCAGGUAGCACAAUCUACUAAUGUUAUUUGAUCUUCUGUGUUUGUUACAUUGGUUGUAAUUAAUUUUUUAAUUAAAUUAAUUCAUGAAUUAGUAGUAAAUUUAUUAAGUUAACUAUUAACUACAUUCACUUUGUAAAUUAUUGUAUAAAACUUAUUGACAAUGCACUGACUUUAGAAAGAUGUUAUGUACAUAAAUAUCUUGUAAAUAAAAUAGUGUUGAUGUACUGGAAUAUGAGCUGUAUAAAAAAAGAUAUUGGUAAUUGUAUAUGGAGUGAACCUGUUUAUCUGUAACUAUAUUAUUCAAACAAAUUAAAUACUGUGGAUGCAGAUGAAGUGUCA